ACCUCUCGCACUCUACCCACACUCUCGAGAUGCAGUCGAUCAGGACCGGCCUCACGCCCGCACUCCGCCAGGCUCGCCCCCUCGCGCUGCGCUCCAUCGCCACGACGCCCUCGCGCCCGGCCGUGCCCGCCCAGCAGUCGCAGCAGUCGUCGUCUAGCGCGCCGGCCGCCAUGUCGCAGCAGCAGGCGAGCAGCGCGUACGACCUCGCCAAGGUCGGCUCGAACCAGCUCUCGCUCGAGACGCCCCGCAACGGCGUCGAGUACGCGCUCGGCACCAUGGACAAGAUUGUCAACUGGGCUCGCCAGGGCUCGAUGUGGCCCAUGACGUUCGGCCUCGCGUGCUGUGCCGUCGAGAUGAUGCACAUGGCCGCCGCGCGCUACGACCAGGACCGCCUCGGCGUCGUCUUCCGUGCCUCGCCUCGUCAGUCCGACAUCAUGAUCGUCGCCGGCACGCUCACCAACAAGAUGGCGCCCGCGCUCCGCAAGGUGUACGACCAGAUGCCCGAGCCUCGCUGGGUCAUCUCGAUGGGCUCGUGCGCCAACGGCGGCGGGUACUACCACUACUCGUACUCGGUCGUGCGCGGCUGCGACCGCAUCGUGCCUGUCGACCUUUACGUUCCGGGCUGCCCGCCCACGGCCGAGGCUCUCCUCUACGGAAUGCUCCAGCUGCAGAGGAAGAUGAGGAAAUCGCGUCGCGGUGUCACGUGGUACCGCAAGUAGUCGCCUCGCUGCGGCACUUGGGGGGGACGAGCUGCGACGAGCGAGCGAGGGGGAGUGAGGGGGGGGCGAGGGGGGAGCGAGGGAGUGAGGGAGCCGAGAGGGAGCUCGAGAUGGAGCCGCCGUCGGCGACCGGCCGACGACGGUGCACGACGACCGACCGACACGUCGAGCCGAGUCGAUGCGGCCGAGAAGGAGGGCAAGGAGUUUCGUUUUUGCGCUUUCCCUCGCCUCGCCUUUUGACAACUGUAGAUUCACUUUCCGUCUC